AUGGCGUGCAUAUUCCAGUCACUUCCCCCAAAAGUAUUGGAAAGGCGGUUUGGCGCUAUAACUUCCUGGCCAUUUUCAGGCGUAUGCCUGAAUGUUGUUCCUCCGAUAUACCAACGACUUGGCCUAGCACCGACCACCCGACAGGAGUUCAAAUUACGCAGUAGUGCGGCAUUAAUCAUUCCAAGCCGCGGCGUUUCUCUCCUAUUCCAGAGGCCACUAAGCUCUAUUAAGCUCUGGCUCCUAAGGAAUGGCCAUGGCGAAAUUGUCCGAAACGGCUCAAAGCUGAGCGAACUUUUCCAGUUUGUCGCGGCCAUUACCAAUGUCCUGGAAUUUCCUCAUGGCUUUACACGUCUGGCUGAAUUUAUGUUGCCGUUUUUCGCAGGAACAGCAGGGAGCUAA